UAUAUAUAUUUAUAAAUGAAUGGUUCUUCAGCAAUGAAAAUCAAUAACAAAUUAUUGUACUGAUUUUUGUUUAUUUAUAAUUAUUAUUAUUUUUUCCUAAAUUAAUAUCAAAUACAGAGUAGAUGGAGCAAAUUUAUUUUGGCGAAUCCAGAAGUUUUUGGAAAAUAUAGUGAUUUCAAAGCUGGUUGAGAAAUUAUCCAAGUCAUUUUCCCAACACAUAACCCUUUCAUCGGUUUUAAUUACCAAAUCUGGAAAACCGCUAAUUCAGUCUACCAAACUUUCCGUUUUCCUUACAUAUUUUUUUUUUUUAAAAAAAAAAAGAAAUUUGUUGGUCCGAAUUAAAGAAAUAAUCAAAUACAUACCAAAGAUUCCAAGUACAGUGGUGUUUCUUUAAGCUGAAGAUUUCUCAAUUAUUAUUGUUGUUAUUAUUAUUAUUAUUGGCUUCAUUGUCGAAAAACCAAACCGUAGAUCUUCUUCGACUUUUCUACUUCUGUUUGGAUUUCAUCAAAAUUCGAUGUCUUUUCUGUGCCUACAUAAAUGGAAAUUUAGACGAGCUGUGAUGGGUAGGUUCUGAAAUCUAGGGUUUCAGUUUUUUGGGGACCAUUUUGUUGUUCACUGUGUUUGGGCUCAGAGAGUGAGUAGAGGAAGAUAGACGGACACAAAAUGAAGGGGUUGGUGGGUAGACCAGGUUCUGUAAGUGGGCUGUUACUGAGAUUAGGCCAAUUUUCUUGUGCCGCAGCUUCCAUUGGAGUUAUGGUCUCCUCCACUAGCUUCGCCACUUACACUGCUUUCUGCUAUUUGAUUGCAUCAAUGGGACUUCAAGUUUUGUGGAGCUUUGGACUUGCAUGUCUAGAUGUUUAUGCUUUGAGGAGAAAGAGGGACCUGCAAAAUCCAAUCCUAGUUAGUCUGUUUGUUGUUGGAGAUUGGGUUACAGCUACUCUAUCACUGGCAGCUGCAAGCUCAUCAGCAGGGAUUGUGGUUCUUUAUGCAAAGGAUAUGAAUUUCUGCGCCUUGCAUUCUUAUCAUCUCCCUUGUACCAAGUAUCAGGUCUCUGUAGCUUUGGCAUUUAUCACUUGGGCUCUUAUUUCGAUGUCAUCCCAUGUGAUGUUUUGGAUCUUAUUAAACUCAGUUUAGACUCUUCUUCUUUCAAUGUCAAAACAAAUGUACACUACGGUAUCCAUUAAUUCUCAUUGUAAAUGCAAUUGUUUCUGUA